UGCCAAACCGCAAGAAGAAUGAAAGCCCAGGACUUCCCUUGGGUCACCAGCUUCCUUCAGCUUGGAGCAAGAGUAAAAUCUUCCCGAAGACAGAAGUUUGGGAAUUUCCCAUUGACUCACAUUUCAGGCAAAGCUGGUACUUAAUCCUCAGAGCUCAGAGUGAGCCGGGGUGAGUUCAGGAGACACAAGGACAGGACACUUCGCUGAGAACCGAACCAGUGAUCACCUGGCUUCCAGUGAGAACAGACAGCCAUAAUGGAACCCAAACCUCAGAAGAGUUCAGGCAAACAACUUACAUUAUAUUAUGAAAAUGAAGUCUGCAAACAAGAUUACUUUAUUAAAUCACCACCUCCUCAGCUUUUCUUCUCUGCAGCCUCUUGGAAAAAGCGGCUUUUCAUCCUGUCAAAGAGUGGGGAAAAGGGCUUUAGUCUUUCCUAUUACAAAGACCAUCAUCACCGAGGUUCUGUUGAAAUUGAUCGAAACUCCAGUGUAGAAGUCGGCAUCAGUAACCAUGAAAAAAUGCAAUCUGUACAGAAGAUGUUUAGAUGCCAUCCUGAAGAAGUGAUGUCCAUCAGGACCACUAACAGGGAAUACUUCCUCAUUGGCUAUGACAGGGAGAAGAUUAAAGACUGGGUGUCCUUCUUGUCAUCACUCUGCCGGAAUAUAAAAGCAGCACACCAGAAUACAGAGGAGAAACUCUCAUUGGGUGAUAGAAGGCCCUCUUCAGACCCCAUCCCUCUCCUUGGUCCUUCCUGCACACCGGAGGCUGUCAGCACGACCACAACAAGAAAAAGUCUUCCAGACAUGCAUUUAAUGGUAAAAAGUUCUUUUUCAAUGGAAAAGAGUUCUUCGGGACUAAGAGAAGCUCAUCUACCACACGACUUCUGGUCAGAGGCCGCUCAAGAUACAGAAGAAGAGAGUCAUUAUAUUAGUCCUCGAAGUAUUCUUUUAGAGUUGGAUAAUAUUCUUGCUGCCAGUGACUCUGGCAAACCCAUUGAACCCAUUGGACCUGGUAGUCCAGACCAGGUCACCAAGGCAGUUGAGCGUCAUUACAUGUCAAUGAAAUCCUGUGUUUCCAAAGAGACGUCCCAUAAGUCUGCUGAUGGCAAAGAAGAAUCCCAGACCCUGGCAGAUAUGCUGAAUGGGGAGCUUCACCCACAAGACCAAGGCUCAGGAACAGGCUCUUGUCUUUCACCUGCCAAUACGGAAGCACAGAUCACGAAUGACAAAAAGGGGUCGGCCUCACUAAGUGUUGUGCAAUUGUCUAUACUGAUCAAUAACAUCCCCGAUGAAAUCCAAGUGGAGAAACUGAACGUGUUCCUUUCUCCUCCUGACAUCAUAAACUACCUUGCUCUCAAAGAAGCUGCAGGACAGAUAUGUGUGGCUCAGUGGAAAGGCCCCCCGCACCUGGGAUGCUUAUUUUUUCACGGAGAUCACCUUUUGGCCGUGAAUGACCUGAAGCCCCAGAGCCUGGAGGAGUUUUCCUUGUUUCUCAGCCGGUCCAUCCAGAGGGAGAAAGUAAAACUCACCAUCGCUCGGAUCCCAAAUUCAGAGAAAUUCCACACAAUAGCCUGUACGUGCCACUUACAAGACCAAGGUAUUAAACCUUCUAAACUGGAUACGUCUGUACUGGAGAGGACACUGAAGAGGAAUCUAGCCAUUAAAAAGGGUCAGCAGAAAGGAUCUGGAGAGUAACGUGCUGGGGCCCACUGCCGACGAGCGAGGAUGGGCCCCAGACUCUGUGCUGGGCUCUGCCCCUCACUGCUGUGUGACAGCAGGCAGUCAG